AUGUCGACUGACCACGCCUCCGUCGCGGAUGCAGAGGCUUUAGUUGAUACUUUGGCCACGGAAAAUGUUGUCGACACACAUAUAUUCGCUGCCUUUGCCGCAAUCGCUUGGUACAAUGCUAUCGAACUCAUCGUCCUAUGCUUUGUAUCCUUCAAGCGGCGCCGUGGCUGCUAUUUUUGGAGUCUGCUCAUCUCAUCCAUCGCCAUCAUCCCCCACUGCCUGGGCUAUUUCUUACUCCUCUUACCGACCGGCGUCUCGAGCUAUCUAUGCAUCACCCUGAUUGUCUUCAGUUGGAUCCCCAUGGUUACUGGACAGUCACUGGUACUAUGGUCGCGUCUCCAUCUGGUACUGCAGAAUACCAAAGUGCUAUGGGGUGUACUAUGUAUGAUCAUCGUUGACGCGAUAUGCCUCCAAAUCCCAAUUGGCGUAUUGCUAUACGGGGCCGUGGGAAACCAUGAGACCUUCGCACGUGGAUAUAAUAUCAUGGAGCGGAUUCAACUCGUCGGAUUUUGUCUCCAGGAACUCAUAAUAUCUGGUAUCUACGUGUGGGAGACUGGCAAGCUGCUAAAGCUACGACCACAGGGUCGACCCCAUGGGAUCCUUUACCAGUUACUCAUCAUCAACAUCAUUAUCCUUAUCCUCGACGUCGCCAUCGUUGCCAUUGAGUACGUCGGCUUUUAUGCCAUACAAGUUAUGUUCAAACCGGUGGCGUACAGCAUCAAGCUCAAGCUUGAAUACGCGAUCCUUGGAAAACUAGUAGCCAUCGCUCGGGGUGGUUCAUAUGAGAGUGAACUACCUUCAAGUUCACAAGGGAUCAUUUCAUUCCCCUCCUCCUCUCAGGAACCACCAUCAGAAUCUCGUCGAGAUUUUCGCCGCCAAUAUAGCCUUCCUUGGUUCAUGGAUAACUCGCAUACCUCGAGUCUCUCAUCUUCCAGAAUUUGA